AUGAGCAAAUGGAUUGAGCUAGAGAAAAGAUUGGGGAAGAAUCAAACAAUAGAUAAGAGUGCACAAGACCAAGUUAGCAAAGAAAGAGAACAUUGGAGACGGGUAUUAUUGAUGAUAAUUGCUGUUGUGAAAUUCCUUGCGAAGAAUAAUUUGCCUUUUCGUGGAAGCCAUGAGAAGAUUUAUGAAGAGAACAAUGGAGUUUUUUUAAGCACAGUUGAAAUGAUUGCCGAGUUUGAACCAACAAUGCAAGAGCACUUGCGACGGAUAGAAAAGGGUGAGAUUCAUUACCAUUAUUUGAGUCACAAAAUUCAAAAUGAAUGGAUACAAUUGUUGGCCGGGGAAGUCAAAACUGCAAUUGUGUCAAAAAUCAAACAAGCGAAAUAUUUUUCAGUCAUACUUGAUUGUACUUCGGAUAUAAGCCAUCAAGAACAAAUGUCUCUUGUUUUGCGAUGUGUGGAUGUUUCAACAAGUCCAAUUAUGGUGAAAGAGUUUUUUUUGGAAUUUUUGAAGGUGGAUGAUACAACAGGAAUGGGACUUUUUGGUGAACUUCAAGAAGCGUUAGUUAGCCUUGAACUUGAUAUUGGUGAUUUAAGAGGACAAGGAUACGACAAUGGUUCUAACAUGAAAGGAAAAAACAAAGGCGUUCAAACAAGAGUACUUGAGCUUAAUCCUAGAGCAUUCUAUACGCCAUGUGGUUGUCAUAAUCUCAACCUUGUGCUUUGUGAUAUGGCCAACUCUUCCUCUAAAGCAAAAACUUUCUUUGGUGUGGUACAACGGAUAUAUGUUUUGUUUGCAUCUUCCGUUCAACGAUGGGCUAUUUUGAAAGAUAAUGUGGAAGGUUUCACGGUUAAGCAAUUGUCACAAACGCGUUGGGAAAGUCGCAUUGAAAGUGUCAAACCACUAAGGUACCAUGCUCCACAAAUAAGAGAUGCUUUAGUUAUCUUGGCAAAUACUACCACAGAGGCGUUGGCAAAGAGUGAAGCUAAAUCCCUAGUUACUCAUGAACUUGAGAAUUUUGAGUUCUUGUUUUGCAUUGCUAUUUGGUACAAUUUGUUGUUUGCUGUUAACUCUGUUAGCAAGCUCCUUCAAAGUGAAGAUAUGGAUAUAGAUGUUGCUGUAAAGCAAUUGAAAGGACUUAUUACCUAUUUUGAAAGGUAUAGAGAAAAUGGUUUCGUGGAGGCAAUGGUUGAAGCUAAAGAAAUGGCAAGUGAAAUGAAAAUUGAACCUUCAUUUGUUGAAAAACGCAUUAUUUGCAGAAAGAAACAAUUUGACGAGGAUAUUAGUGAAGAAGUGACCCAAUUGUUUGAAGAAUCCUUCAGAGUUAAUUACUUCUUGUAUAUUGUUGACAAAGGUCUUUCGUCACUCAAGAAUAGGAGAUUAUGCAUUCUGAAAGGUAUCUCUCCCAGAGAACCAAAGAAGAAGGUGAAGGGAAAUCACCACACUUGCUAUCAUACCAAAGAUAUUUUGAUCCUUAAGCACGAGCCACUUUUGGAGAAGGUUAGAGACAUACAAGCAUACGACAACACCACCUCAACCUAUUGA